AAAACGCGAUAAAACUGGAUUAUUCCAUUUAAACAGGUGGUGAAAUAUUGUAUUUAAACGAUAUGUUGUUAAAUUUCCAUUUGUUAGAUUUCGUUGAGGAGGAAUAACGUCACGUGUGUUUGCAUGCUAAAGUAGCAGCUGUUAGUUAGUUACCCAGAGCCUAACGUUAGCUAGUUAUCUAGUUUGCUUUUUGGCCAGCCUGUUAUAGUUGCGCUCUAGUGUAUUGACACCCUUGUACGUUUUUUUACAAAUACUUCAAUACGUCUUCAAAAAUAAGUUACAAUUGAAAAAAAACGUUGUUCACACGUGUACUGUGUUCGCAAUGUUAUCAGGAAGCAUGCUGUCCAUGGAAUUGUAGUCAACCUCCCAGGACGUGGUCGCAAGAAGAAUCUGGUUCCACCGGUUGAAAAAGAUAAAACUCGCAAGAAGAAUCUGGUUCGAACGGUUGAAAAAGCAGAUCGAUCUGCAGCUGUCCAAAAGAAAAUGGCAUCUGUUUGUGACGCCACCAAUGAAGACAAGGAAAAUGGUUCAGAGUCGACGGAGUCUCAGGACAAGGAACAUCCACGGGUUCUCAUCCCAGAGUUGUGUCGUUCUUUCUACCAACUCGGCUGGGUUACAGGGACAGGAGGGGGGCUAAGUUUGAGACGUGGAGAUCAGAUCUACAUUGCCCCGUCUGGAGUCCAGAAGGAGAGAAUACAGCCAGAUGACAUAUUUGUCUGUGACGUGGAGGAGAGGGACAUCAGCUGCCCACCCCCCUGGAAGAAGCUGAAGAAGAGCCAGUGCACCCCUCUGUUCAUGAAUGCCUACACUAUGAGAGGUGAGGUCUCUCUGUUCAUGAAUGCCUACACUAUGAGAGCGGCUCAGGCCGUCAUCCACACCCACUCCAAGGCUGCCGUCAUGGCAACUCUGUUUUAUCCCGGCAAGGAGUUCCGCAUAACUCACCAGGAGAUGAUCAAGGGAAUCCGCAAGGGCACCUCCGGCACCAACUACAGAUAUGAUGAAACGCUGGUGGUGCCCAUCAUUGAGAACACCCCGGAGGAGCAGGACCUGAAGGAGCGCAUGGCGCUGGCCAUGGAGCAGUACCCAGACUCCUGUGCUGUCCUCGUCCGGCGCCACGGCGUCUACGUGUGGGGGGAGUCCUGGGAGAAGGCCAAGACCAUGUGUGAAUGUUAUGACUACCUAUUUGACAUCGCCGUCCAAAUGAAGCAGAGUGGGAUGGAUCCUUCGGCACCACCCGUUGAAGAGAACCAUUACUACGAUGUCCAACAAUCCCAAUAAAUGGAGGCAAACAAUCAGCGCCUAAAAUGAACACCUGACAAAUGUGGGUCGAUUUUUGGAAUUGGGUAAGAUGUCUAUUUCACCAGCCACAUUGGCGGGUGGACAGGGCUCCACAGUGCGAGCAUUUCACUCGAAUUUGUGAAUAAAAAAAUAGUCAAGUUUGAUCACAUUUAUAGUAAAAUAAAUGCUGCAGUAGCUAUUUUCAAAGGAUUUCUGCCGUUUUUGUUUCAUAGCCGGUGAUGUAUAGCUUGUUCCGCCUCGCGCUGCAACGCUGUCUGGCUGGGGGCUGUGCGCACGUAAAGAGCUGAGUGAAAGAUUACAUUUUAGAAGCGCUGUGCACAGGUAUAAAGGUUGGUCUAAUUUACUUGAAAAUAAAGUCUACUGAAGUGA